UCCGUUACGGACCACGUGCGUUACCAUGAGGUACAGUCGGAGUGAACCAGCAGAGCCUGUAUGUUUGGAUAAACCUGUUGAAGCGGACUUUGUGUGAACUUUCGGGAUGUUUCGCCGCAGACUCAUCUCCUGUUAGCCAAGAAUGCUAAAGGAAGUUAGCGCAGCUUGCUAGCAGGAAGUAGACGGAGACGGAGCUCGGCCUCACAGUGCUAGUCGGAGUAGCUUCGAUAGAGACCAAACUGUAUUUUUCACGGAGCCAAAGUGUCCAAAUGUCCAGACAGACCUGUCUGAAGAGACUCUGCGCUGUUCGCUUUAUUUGAACAUGUUUAGCAUCUGAAUUAUCUCCCGGCGUCCUACGGAGCUAAUGGAGUUAGCUUAGCUUGCUAGCAGGAAGUAGACGGACGCGAACGUGAUGUAACUUAGCAACACAGCGCGCAUCAGAGUGAGCAGACAGUUUUUAACGGAGUGAGUCUGGAGGAAAAGCUGCUGUGAAGCUGUGAAAAUGUUUAAAAUCCAGAACGAGGAGGAACUUUGUGGACAACGCAAACUACUGGACGCUGUUUUCCAGCCUGAAGUCCGGCUGCACAGAGCAGACGUCCAGAUGCUGUUGGUAAGGAAAGAAGAGGAUCCCCCUGAGCAGCAGGACUGGAGCCCCAGUCUGGACCAGGAGGACCCACCAGAGCCCCCACAUAUUAAAGAGGAACAGGAGGAACUCUGGAUCAGCCAGGAGGGAGAGCAGCUUCGAGGGCUGGAGGAGGCCGAUAUCACCAAGUUCACAUUCACUCCUGUCCCUGUGAAGAGUGAAGAAGAAGAUGAAGAGAAACCUCAGUCCUCACAGCUUCAUCAAAGACUCACUGAACAGAUGAAAACAGAAGCUGAUGGAGAGGACUGUGGAGGACCAGAACCAGCCAGGAACUCAGAUCCAGCUACUGAUGACAAGACGUCAGACUCGUCUGAACCUGAGACUGAUGACAGUUGUGACUGGGAGGAGACCAGAGAACCUCAGUCAGGUUUAAACCCUCUGCAAACUAACAAUGGAUGUAACACUGGUGAGAAAUCAUUUAGCUGCUCUGAGCGCGGUAAACAAUUCAGCCAAAAGGAACAUCUUACAGACCACACGGGGGAGAAAGGAUACAGCUGCAGUGUUUGUGGCAGAGGAUUCACUCGGCUUUAUCGGCUUAAAAACCAUCAGUGUGUUGGUCAUCAGUCCUCACAACAUCAUCAAAGCCAAACUGAAGAGAACAGAGAUGCAGAGCAUUUGAAAAAAGAAUCUGAUGGAGAGGACUGUGGAGGACCAGAACCAGCCAGGAACUCAGAUCCAGGUAGACAUUUACAACCAGCUACUUAUGAUGAGACAUCCGACUCCUCUGAACCUGAGACUGAUGACAGUUGUGAUUGGGGGGAGACCAGGGAACCUCAGUCAGGUUUAAACCGUCUGAAAAACAAUGAAGUACCUGUAAGUGAUCAGGAAUGUAAUACUGGAAAAACAUCAAGUAGCUCCUCUGAAUGUGCUACAAGCUUUGGCCACGAGGAACAUCUGCAGGAACAAGAUGGAAAACAAACAGGAGAGAAACCAUUUAGUUGUUCAGUUUGUGGUAAAAGAUACUCCUGGAAGACCUCCUUAAUAACUCAUAUGAGACUUCAUUCAGAAGGAAAACGUUUCAGCUGUUCGGUUUGUGAAAAAUUGUUUCAACGGAGAGGAGAUUUUGUGAGGCACAUGAGAGUCCACACUGGAGAGAAACCCUUCAGUUGUUCUCUCUGUGGUAGAAGAUUCACCCACAGUUCACAUUUGACCACACAUUUAAGAGUUCAUACAGGAGAAAAACCUUUCACAUGCUCAAUUUGUAAAGCAUGUUUCAGUUUCAGAAGCAAUUUGUCCACACACAUGAGAAUGCAUACUGGGGAGAAACCAUUUAGUUGUUCAGUUUGUGGUAAAAGAUACCCCGGGAAGAACUCCUUAAAUACUCAUAUGAGACUUCAUUCAGAAGGAAAACGUUUCAGCUGCUCAGUUUGUAAAAAAACAUUUCCAUGGAGAGCAGAAGCUGUGGUGCACAUGAGAAUCCACACAGGGGAGAAACCCUUCAGUUGUUCUGUCUGUGGUAAAAGAUUCGCACAAAGCUCAAAUUUGACCUCACAUUUACGAGUUCAUACAGGAGAAAAACCUUUCACAUGCUCAAUUUGUAAAGCAAGUUUCAGUCUCAGAAGCAAUUUGUCCAAACACAUGAGAAUCCACACUGGGGAGAAACCGUUUAGGUGUUCAGUUUGUGAUAAAAGUUUCAAACUGCUUCAUACAUUAAAAAACCAUAAGUGUGCUGGUGAGAGCAGCGAAAGUAAAUGAAUGAAUCCUUCUAGCAGGAUUGAAGUACUGGGGGCAAGACUUGGCUCAACACUGAUCAGUUCAAAACUGUGAUACAGACUCCAAAAUAAGUCGUGCUUCAUCUUUUCAGCAAACCCCGGGAUUCCACCGGCCACGGCUAUAUAAAGUUGUCUGCCAGCUGGUUUUGUUCUGUACUCUAAGCGGCUUCAUACCCCACCAGGAGCGUUUCACAAGCAGAGCGGUUUGCCUGCCUGAUGUUGUUGACUUGUUCAUUUGACUAUUUUUUCCUUUAUUUUUGUGCUUCUACCGUGGGUAAGUAGGCUAUAUAGUUAAAUGGUUUCUAUUUGUGUCUGAUUUAGGUAUUUUUUGUUGAUAUUUGACCGGGACUCUGCACAGGGUGUUUUUAUUUUGAAAAUUGACCAAAUUCUCUAUGCCGUUUCUGUGUCUGACUUCCUGCCCGGUUCAUCUGCUCUGUGGAGCUUCACGUGGUUUCUGUCAAAAAUAGACUCGCCGCUUAUUCACCGCGGAGCACUGCGGCUCAUCUUGUGGGAUUACAAGCAUUGUCUAGAAUGGCUGCGAUCUGCUGCAUCACAGCUGUAACGCGACACACCCGUGCCCGGUGGAAUUACUGGGUUAGAUGAAGCCACGUGAUCAUUUUAAUUCUCUUUUUAUUUGUGUCUACGUUAUUUGGUCGUUUUCUGGGAAUUGUGCUUUUUGGUAUUCCAUGUAUUCAUUGAUUUAAAAGUGAUUCACUUGUCUAAAAGUAUUCCAUGUCGCCUAUACAGCGCUAUGGUCAACAUGUGUUGUUUUAAAAUGUGAUUUAUAAAUUAAAUGACUAGACUUACCAACCAACUUCAGGAGCAGCUCAUUGAGAUAAGGAGCUGACAAGUCUGGGAUCUGGAUCUGGAGAUGUGGGUUGACAUCCCUGUUGGAAAAGAAACCCAUCUGUUAGUGAAGUGGAACUGAUGUGGUCGUUCGUGACUCCUGUGAGACGAUCAGCAGUAACUAAAGACUGGUGUUACACAGUCAUUGAUCUGAAUGAGAUAAUAGCAUCACAUGCUAGCUCCUACACUAGAUAACAGACAAUGUAUCAAGUAUCCUAUCAGUAAUAAGUAGGAAUAAUAAAAAAAUAUGAAAUAUC